AUGAAGAUUUCACAUGGUCCAAGACUUGGCCAUCCAUCAUCUUAUCCAGGAACUCCUUCCUCAAAAUCUUUUGCUACCCCAAAGCGCUACAAGUGUGACAAAUGUUCGAAAACUUUUACACGUCUGGAUUCACUGACUCAACAUCUAAAAAUUCAUGUUCAAAAAUCUUUACACGUGUGCAAAGUCUGCCAAAAAUCUUUUCAAACCAAAAGUCAACUGAACAGUCAUGCCAAAACUCAUGAUAAACAUAAGUGUAAAAUAUGCAGAGAAAGUUUUGAAACCAAUAAAAAGCUUGCAAGUCAUCAAACAUUUCAUAUUGUUAGUAGAAGCCAUAAGUGUGAUGUGUGUGAGAAAGUGUUUACAUGUUCCUCACACUUAAAGAGACAUUCUAUAAUUCAUACCAGAGCCAAAGCCAAACCUCUUUCCAAGGAAAGUAAAUCAUUUAGUCUCCAGGGAAAUGCAAAAAAGCCUGCAAAAGUAAAGUUAUGUUGCAAAUUUUGCUUAAAGCAGUUUCAGGUUGAAAAAUGGUUCCAAAAUCAUGUUCAAAAAUGCGUGAAAAAAUAA